UGUUCUUCGGGAGGGGAGGGGAGAGCCGCUCCCUCUAGCCGGCGUGGCCCGUUGUGUUUCCCAGCUUCGUUCUCGUUUGUUUGUUUUUCCUCAGCCUUUUCGCCCUCAUGCCGUUUUAUUUCAGGAGGGGCCGGAGAGGCCUGUUUAAACAUAUAGCUCAUGGCCUGAUCCCUGCAGCUACCAUAGCUCCUAAACCUGCUGUCCCCCGCACCCCUCCCCCUCGUAGUCCAAACCCUUCUCCAGAAAGGCCCAGGUCUGCUUUAGCAGCCGCUAUUCUUGUGACGACCUUAACUGGACGAACGAUUGCCCUCCCUCAGCCUCGUCAGCGAUCUCUUUCGGAAAGUGAUGCCAGCUACUUGCAAGAUCAGGAAGACUGCAUUGAACCAUAUGCCACCAUCACUGAGCUACGAAUGAGUCCAAAUUGGAAGAAUCAUGCAUCUGAGAGUUGUGAGGAUGACAUGGAUACAUUUGCUUCUGACACAGAGAAAGAAUCGGAUCCCGACCAUCAAAUUAUUGAUAAAAAAGAAAACAUGAGUCAUGAGAUUAUGUAUGCUACACCACAUAAAAUCAAACAGGAAAAUCUCCCAGUAUCUUCUAGUGCCAAUGGUGAAGAAGAUUCUUCUGUCUGCGAACCAAGUUGUCUCAUCCAGCCAAAUGUUCAGGUUGAAGAAAUUGAACAUCCUGGAGUGAGGUUUCAGGGAGACCACUCAGAUGAAACUCCCCUGAAUGAAAAACCGCCUUCGUCUUCAGAUGCAGUCCUCCACAGAAAACAGGAACAGAUGGUUCUCCCCAGAGAGAAGUUCCAGAAAUUAAAAGAGCAACAUUGGCAUCUCAACAAUGCGAACCAGACCUUAUUUUCUGAACUGGAACAGACAAAGCAGUUAAUGAAGGAACUCCAAUUAAAAAUUAAGAAAUUGGAAAAAGAGAACAUGCAGUUGAAGGAAAAGCAGAAUUCCCACAGUGAAGAGGAAGGCACGGAAUUACUGCUGUUAAGACAACAAGCCCAGGAACUAGUAGAUGAAAAUCAUAGUUUGAAAAUGACUGUUCAUCGCUUAAAUGCAGAACUGAGUCGUUAUCAAACAAAGUACAGACCAAUUUCACCCAAUGAGGGUGUAAAGAUUGGAAGCCUGCCAAUGACAAAGCCAAUACCCCCAUGGCUGCUUGACAUGAAAUAUUUAUCCCCUCUCCUGUUGGCAUAUGAAGACCGAAUGAAAGAAAAGGAAGAGUUGAUUCUAGAGCAUGAGGAAAGCAUGAAGAUGUUUAAAGCACAAGUGGAAGCAGUCGUGAAGGAAAAUGAGCAGUUACACCAAAAAUUAACUAAAAAUACCGGUACUUUUAUUAGUACCAAAAAAUGGCAGCAUUUGCAAAGUCAAGCCAAGCUUGUCCUGGAGGAAAAUAGGGUAUUAAUGGAACAGCUUAAAAUACAAGAAACCAAAAUAAACGAUACCAUCAAUCAACAUGUUAAAGAAGUUUCCAAACUGACCAAGCAGCUCGUUACUCUGGAAACCGAAAAACAAAACCAAGAAGUGGAGAUGCAAGAAUGUCAGAAAAAGCUGAAAGAAUUACGCUCCGCAAACAAAGAAUUAAAGGCCAGAAUUAGCGAUUACAUAACGGCAGAGGAGCACGUUGCCUUGGAAAACAAACUUAGAAACCAAUUGCAGAUGGAACAGGAAAAGAGGGAGAUGGAGACCCAGGAACUGGUGAAAAAAUUGAACUCUGUCCAAGCGGAAACAAAGAGCCUCUUUCUCGAGAAAAAUGACCUGGUGGCAGAAAACAAGGCUUUAGAGGCUGAGCUGGAAAUGGCACAGAAGACGAAAAGGCGGUCGGAGAAGAAGAUCGGUCUUCUGAAGCAGCACUUGGAAGAAACAAUGGAAAAGGAGAUGGCUGCCCACCAGUAUCUAGUGAAUAUGAUCAGCUUGGCAGAAAAUAUAACUCAAGAACGCGAUCAGCUUUUAAACCUGGCCAGUUGUUUGGAGAAAGAGAAGCACGGCACUCUCAACAAAAUAAUAGAAGGAAAUGUACGUCUAGGGAAAUUAGAAGAGAAAGUCAAGGUGUAUAAAAAGACGGCGGCAGGCAAGCUCGGGGACAUCAACCUCAAAAUGACAGAGCAAGAGAAGGAAUUUGCGGGGAGGACCACUCAGUACCAGCGAGAAAUGAAACACCUCCAGCGGCUGCUGCAAGAGAAGCAGGAAUCCCUCGAUGAAGCUCUGCAGCAGAAGAGAGAAAUGGAAAGUGAACUUGAAAUAAUUUGGGAAUCAACCACCAAAGAAAACCGAAGGAUGAAGGAACUCUUGCAUAAAUCUCUGGAGAAGAACCCGCAGAAUUCGGUCAACGCUGCUUACGAAUUACCCUCAACUGACAUUUCUCAGAAAGUCCUGCUGGGUAGAUACGGCUUUAGCUACUGUGAUGUAGAGGUGUCCUCACCCACUCAUGCUCCGAAGGAAGAAGACAACUAAAUGUUAAGGAAGUGGAUAUCUCUGCUUCCUGCUGGGCAAAAUGGGAUUGGAAGAAGCAAACAUAAAAGAGCGAAUGGGAACCUGGUUAGAAGCAAAGUAUGAUUUACCAGUUGGGUUGAGAGGUCUUCUCAGUUGGGAUUAGCAUUGUAUUAUAAGGGACCUUUCAAAGCCUUGAGAAGCAUCUUUCAUGCUAAAAAGCAUGUUUCUUGCCUUGACCACUAUGAAGAACAUACAGCGCAGAGGUAUUCUGCCGGCUCGGACCGGUUCACCCGAACCAGUAGUGGCCUUACCCACCCGCCCCAACUCUAUGACGUCCCAUGUAGGCACUCUAGUUAGUCAAAGUGCAUGCGCGGAAGGCUGUGCGCAUGCGCAGCCACUCACAUUUGUGAACCAGUAGGGAAGGUUAGUGAAUACCACCCCUGAGACAGUGGUACCUCGGUACUCACUGUUGAUUGGUACCGGGAAGCGCGAUGAGUACCAAAAACAAUGAGUAGCAAUUUUUCUCCCAUAAGGAAUAAUGUCCUGAGUCACAAGGCUGCCAACACAGACAAUUUCUAGCUGGUGUGUGUUGAGUACAAAACAUGGAUGACCAAAUUUCUGUGUCAAAAUGCUUUGAGUACCGAAUUCAACGGGUUUCAAAGCAGUUGAGUACCAAGGUACCAUUGUACAGAUUUGAUGCUGCAAAAAGACAGAUCCCUCUCAAUAAAGCUUCCAAUUGAUAGACAGGGCUUUCAGCACCCACUCUGCCUCUCUUGGGGUUUCCGGAGGGCCUGUUUUACCUAUCUGCAAUUCUGAGAACAUCUUUCCUAGAAGAAGCCCCAUUCAGUGUAGUAUUUAAUGGAAGUCAAGAGUUGACUAGUGUUGUCAGUACGACAUUUAGAUGCUUAAACCAAAGAACAACUGAUUUGAAUUGACUUUAUACAUAACUCUUUGCACUUUUUAAUUAAGCAACUCAGAUUUGGGGGCUGAAAUGGCUGAACUGAGCCUUGAUUUAGCUGAACUUUUAUAAUGAAAUGGACAAAAAAGAUAAGAGUACAUAAUAUCUAGUCUUUUACUUAAGAGAAAUUCUUGUUUUUAAAAGUUUAUAUAUCUAUAUCUAUCAUCUAUCUAUAUCUAUCAUCUAUCCUAUCUAUCAUCUAUC